AUAGGACUCGAUUGGUUUGAGGCCCUGGGGAUACACGUCACAGGACUCAAUAGCUUACAAACACUCGACCUACAGGAAGUCUGCAAAGAAUUUGCAGAUGUUUUCAGCCCCCAGCUGGGCACAUUCAAAGGACCACCUGUGUCCUUAAAGCUAGACCCCACUGUCACUCCCAUUAGGAUUAAAGCAAGAAGGGUCCCUUUUGCUUUAAAAAGUAAGAUUGACACUGAACUAGACAAACUAAUCCAACAGGGAAUCCUAGAACCUGUUGAUUCCAGCCCGUGGGAGACCCCCAUUGUCACGCCUCUAAAGGCAAAUGGGGACAUUCGCAUUUGUGCUGAUUACAAAUGCACACUCAAUAAGGCAUUGCAGCAACAUGCCUAUCCUGUUCCUGUGGUCAGUCACAUCCUGGCCUCUCUCAAGGGGGGGCGUGUUUUUGCAAAGCUUGACCUAGCUCAAGCAUAUCAACAGCUGCCUGUUGAUGAUGAUGCUGCCAUAGCUCAGACCAUUGUGACCCACAGGGGUGCCUUUAAAGUAAAAAGGCUACAGUUUGGAGUGAAUGUCGCUCCUGGGAUUUUCCAAAGCGUUAUGGAAAACACACUACGAGGUAUACCAGGGGUCUGCCCCUACUUUGACGAUGUCUUGAUUGCAGGAGACUCCACACACAUUCUAGCUGAAAGGCUUAGGGCUGUCCUGUUAAGAUUCAGGAAAUCAGGCCUCAAGCUCAGAAAAGACAAAUGCCAGAUUGGGGUGCCUUCUACUGAAUUUCUGGGAUUCAAAAUUGAUGCUGCUGGGAUUCAUCCUGCUGAAUCCAAACUAACUGCUAUUUUAGAAGCACCCAGGCCAAAGUCUAAGGCCGAACUUCAGGCCUUCCUAGGCCUCCUGAAUUUCUACAAUUCUUUUCUUCCACAUAAAGCUACACAUGAGGCUUGCUUUAAAGAAGUCAAGGCCUUGCUCACUUCUAACAGUGUUCUUGCACAUUUCAACGAGUCUCUCCCUGUGUGCAUCGCUUGUGAUGCGUCCCCCUACGGGGUUGGAGCUGUCCUGAGUCACCUCAGGUCUGAUGGAACUCAGGUUCCUAUUGCAUACUACUCCAGAACACUGUCUUCUGCCGAGCGCAACUACGCUCAGAUAGACAGGGAGGCUCUGGCUGUUGUUGCUGGAAUUAAAAAAUUCCACGAUUUUCUAUAUGGCAGGCAUUUCACGGUCUUCACUGACCAUAAGCCUCUGCUGGGACUGUUUACCACAUGUAAGCAGACUCCCCACAUCAUUUCCCCUAGAAUGCUUAGGUGGUCUAUUUUCUUGUCUGCAUAUGAUUUUUCAUUACUCCACAAGCCUGGGAAAGAAAUGGGCCAUGCUGAUGGCCUCAGUAGAUUGCCUCUGCCAGUAGUAGAAGCUGACCCCGCGCCAGCUGUCAACAUUCUAUCAAUCCAAGCCUUGCCCGAGCUCCCUCUUAGUGCCAGGGAUGUUACCGCUGAAACAGGUACAGAUCACACACUUUCACGUGUCCGCUCCUGGGUCCUGUCCGGGUGGCCUGAGCACUGCCCUAGUCCUGAGUUUCAGAGUUUCUGGUCCAAAAGAAACGAACUGUCCCUUUCUCAGGGUUGUCUGCUUUGGGGAAACAGAGUUGUCAUUCCCACCUCAAUGAGGACUAGGGUCUUAGAAUCCCUCCACGAGGGUCAUCCUGGCAUUGUUCGUAUGAAGGCUCUUGCACGCAGCCACUUGUGGUGGCCUGCUUUAGAUAAAGAUAUUGAGGCUACGGUUUGGGCUCGCAAUUACGGGCCUGGUCAUACAUGGGUCCCCGCUUCUGUGUCCAGGAUCACAGGUCCUCUCUCCUACGAGGUUGCCCUGGACAACGGUCGUGUCCUGCGUCGGCACAUCGACCAACUU